AUGGUGGAGGAUCUCACUGUAGCCAUGGCGAAGGAAUGUAAGGUGAAAUUGAAGAGUUGGGAUGACAAUACUUUUGAGGUUGAGUAUGUCGUAGCCAUGCAGUCACAGUUGUUGAACAACGCUCUGGCUGAGACUGGAACAGACAACACUGUGCCUUUACACAAUAUUUCUAGCGAAAUACUGGCGAAGGUGAUCGAGUACUGCGAAUAUCAUGUUAAUACCGCUAACACCAUCUCGAUGCAGGAUGUGAAGAUGUGGGAACAGGAGUUCGUGAGGGACCUUGAUCAAGCAACUCUUUGUCAUCUCAUCUUGGGCGCCCAGUACAUGAAGAUACGCAAUCUUCUAUACUUAAUAUGCCAAACUGUAGCAGAGAGGAUUAAGGGUAAAAGCCCAGAAGAGGCCAGAGAGAUAUUUAACAUACAAAACGACUUGACUCCUUAA